CUCGCCCGUCCCAGUCGUCGCCCGAAAUCGAUUCCUCCCCGCCUCGAACCACCCCGCCCAUCUAUACCGCUCGCUCUUCAAGAUGCCGGCGACGUUGAAAGAGUUUGAGAGCGUGUUCCCGAAGCUGGUGGAGGACUUGAAGCAGGAAUGUAUAAAGUACAAGCUGCCGGAGCAGGCGUUGACUUGGUUCGAGAAGUCCUUAUACCACAACACGCUCGGCGGCAAGUGCAACCGCGGCCUCUCGGUCAUCGACACCGCGCAGCUGCUCCUCAACCGCAAGCUCACCGACGAUGAGUUCUUCCACGCCGCUCUGCUGGGCUGGUUCAUCGAGCUGCUCCAAGCCUUCUUCCUCGUGUCCGACGACAUCAUGGACAGCUCCAAGACUCGUCGGGGCAGCCCGUGCUGGUAUCUCAUGCCCAACGUGGGAAUGAUUGCAAUCAACGAUGCCUUCAUGCUCGAAAGCUCCAUAUACUUGCUGCUCAAGAAGUACUUCAAGCAGGAGAAGUACUAUGUUGAUGUCUUCGAACUCUUCCACGAUGUCACCUUCCAGACCGAACUCGGGCAAACGUGCGAUUUGCUCACGGCUCCCGAGGAUCAUGUGGAUUUGGACAAUUUCUCGUUGGAGAAGUACACCUUUAUCGUAAUAUACAAGACUGCAUACUACAGCUUCUACCUGCCUGUCGCCUUGGCUCUGCACUUUGCGGGGUUUGCGUCAGAGAAGAAUCUGAAGACGGCUGAAGAUAUCUUGAUUCCCAUGGGAGAGUACUUCCAAGUGCAAGACGAUUAUCUGGAUAACUUUGCGGAUCCAGCGACACUGGGAAAGAUUGGCACAGACAUUCAGGACAACAAGUGCUCAUGGCUUGUCAAUCAAGCACUCCAGAAAGCAACACCUGAGCAGCGAAAGCUGCUCGAGGAGAAUUAUGGGCAAAAGGACUCGGCGAAAGAGGCUGUUGUGAAGAAGCUAUACAAUGAGCUGGAACUAGAGAGUGUGUACCAGGCUUACGAGGAGAAGAUCGUGGCAGAGAUCCGAGCGAAGAUUCAGGCCAUUGACGAGAGCGAGGGUCUCAAGAAAGAGGUUUUUGACGAAUUCUUGAGGAAGAUCUACAAGCGCAGUAAGUAAGGAAGGAGCGCAAUCGCUCUCGUGUAUAUACACCACGGACGAGCGUCAGCCACGUCAUCCCAGAAAUCUACGAUAAAAUGCGAGGGUACCUAGCAAUGGCACACGAUACG